CGAAGACGUCGUGCUGAGUAUUUCGAAGUAAGACCAACGCUAAAACCCUGCAAAAAGUGAGGUGAAGGAAAGAACAAAAAAGUUUCCUGCUUUGUUUAGAUUCCAUCAUCUUUUCUCUGUAUUUGCACAAUUUAUCCAUCAUGCAACUAACUCUUGAAUUUGGAGGGGGCCUAGAGCUUCUGUGCGAGUCUGUAAAGGUUCAUAAGGUCAAUGUUGACCAAGCUGAUGAAGAAAAAGGGAAGCUAAGCAUGAAAAAAUUGCUGUCAUGGGUCCGAACAAAUCUGAUAAAAGAGAGGCCAGAGAUGUUUAUGAAAGGAGAUACUGUGAGACCCGGAGUUCUCGUGCUAGUGAAUGAUUGUGACUGGGAGCUUAGCGGUCAGCUUGACACGAUACUUGAAGAGAAGGAUGUGGUCGUUUUUAUUUCUACCUUACAUGGAGGCUAAUUCCAUUUGUCUGCUCUGCUUCUUUGAGAGAUUGUUGUAUUUGAUCACACCUGGGAUAUUUUAGUUAAACAAACAAUUUUGGCUAUGUACUGAUGCAUCUGAUGCAUCACAAGAUUGUCGAAUUCCAUGAAAUUGGAGGAUGUAACCGAAAUCGUAUUUUGGCAAUAUUUGUCCUUGUAUAAGUUGUAGUAUUGAUAGUUGCAAUUCUUUU